UUGUGUUAUUGAACCAUGUCACACAUAAUAGUAUGUUUUAGUUAUGUUGAACGCUUAACUUGCACCUAAGCUAAGCUAAGCUAAGCUAACUAGACGCUUGUUAUGUUACGUUUUUGAAGGCCUUGUAUUUGGGAAAUCGCACCAAACUCCAUUCAAAAUCUGUCAAUUUUUAUAUUCAGCUGAAUAGCAAAUAUAUAGGGCAUGGUUCCUUUGUCAUUGCUGGCAUUAUAUUCAUUGCAGAUAGAGCAAUGUCUUCAAAAAUCCCAAGAGGUGUGCAGUUACCUGCAGAAACAAAGAAAACAGGUCAUAAACUUGAAUCCAGAGACACAGCAGCUGUAUCUGCAACAGCACAUGCUGUCCAAAAAUCAGAUGGUAUCCUUAAAUCUCAAAAAGAAAAUGUGCCAAGAAAAAAUGUUGCUCCUAAAGUUCACAAAGGGGUCUCCACCAGGUAUGGGCAACAGGCAGAGCUCAAGGAGCAAAAUCAGCAUUUGAUGGCUACCAAUGAGGAGCUGCAGAAAAACCUCACAGACACACAGCAAAGAGUAGCUGAGUUGGAGCUGCAGUUCAGUGACCUUGAAAAGGAAAAUGCAGAGGUACAGAAAAACCUGAAGGACUGUCAUGUUCUCCUAGUCGCAGCCAAAAUAGACCCAGUUUUAGGAGAAAGGGCUGGAGAAGCUGCACUACAAAAUGAAGAGCAAAGAAAAGAAGUCAUGAGUGUCUCCACAGACCUGCUGCAUGAAUUAAAAGCGUUUGGAGACAUUGCAUCACAGCAACGUGCUCGGUUAGAGGAAAUCCAAACUACAAUGACAGAACUCGCUAAAGCACGGGAACAUAUGAUGCAGGAAAGGGAGAACUUUUCCCUGGAGGCUGCUGAAAUGGAAAAAGCUCUCAAGGAAGCAGAAGCUCUCUUGUUGUAAAAGUGUACAAUAAUUUCCCAAUUUAAAAUGAGUUGUUUGAAAAUGUGUAUAUUGAUGCAUAAUGUUUGUUUUAAUGUUAGUAUUAAUUAAACUGAAUAAAGGAUUCUUAUUUUCUCAUG